ACCUUUUAAGCUCUUUGCAUAUUAGUGAUUUUAUUUGUCUUUGGGCUACCCCCGUCGUCAGCCCCCCAAGUCAGAGGUUUUUGGGGUAUUAUGCUCAAAGACUUCUGACUUUUAUGCAUGUCUUUUUAAAGGGCUUCAAGGGUUCGUUGUUUGGAGGCUUGAAGGGUUUGAGGCGGUUACUUUUUGAAUUUUGAAUUUUAAUCGAUUUGACAGUUGAUUUGACAUGUGUCAGGCGGCGGAUUGGCAGAAAUUACUUAUUUACCUUUAAUGCCCCUACUUUACUCUCUUAUUUGUUUUAACUAUUGUAAAGUUUCUUCACUUUCUUUGCAAUCAUUCACCGUUUUCCUCUUCUCAGGUUAGUUUCUUCUCCAUUUUCACUUUUACUUUUUCCGAUCAUGGGUGCCCUUAAGGAUUUAGCGAGGUCAUUUUCUCGAUUGACACAAGAGGAGGUAGACCUGUUUUGUCUUGAACAUGGUAUUGAUAAACAGUUUAAUCCAACCGCCCCUGCUUGCGAUGCUUCCAUUGACAAACCGAUUCCUGGUUUUAUUGCUUUGUAUUGUCGGCAUUUUGAGUGGUCUAAUCUUCGUUACCCUUUUUCGUUUUUUGUUCUAAAUUUGCUUGAGUAUUAUCGAGUGUCUUUUGGGCAAGUACAUCCGAAAGGAAUGGCUAGGGUUUUGCACUUUGAAGUGCUGUGUCGUGCUUUAGGUUAUGAUCCUUCGUUGUUGCUCUUUCGGAGGUUCUUCCGGUUAGCCAAAAAUGGUGAUUGGUAUACUUUUGAGAACACAAAGGUUGAAACUUGUCUCGUUUCCUCCAUGGUUACGACCCUUGGAUCAUGGAAGAAUACGUUUUUCUGGGUUUCUGAAUCCAUUAUUCCUUUCAAAAUGGUGUGGAGGCAUCCGGAUGCUGUUCUCAACGAUCCGGAGCCUUCCGAGUCUGAAUUAAAUGAUGCCUUUCUUUCAGCCAUUCGGGGGUGCCCUUCCAGGGUUCGUCCUUUUCCCGAACAUUUGUUAGUGCUUUUAGGGGUUAGUAAUAUUUGGGCAAAAGUUGAUCGGGAUCCGGUGUUGAUGAGAAAUGGCCUUGUUAUGUCUGCUUUGGACUUCAUCAAAAGUGACGAUACGUCCGAUGUGGUUUUUGAAGAUGCUCCGACUGUUCCGGGUGAAAAUGUUGUUGUGAGGACCUCUGAGCAAAGGUUUGAGGGCUCGGGUUAUGUCAGUGUUGAAAAUGUGAAGGGUUUUACCAAGUCCAAUGUUCCCAAGCCUUCAACUCGCCGGUUAUCUCGUCGUUUACUGAAGGCUACUCCUCAAUCCACUUCCACUGAGCCAGUGGAUUUGAGUGAUGACAUCGAGGUUUCUGAGGAUCAGGCUGAGGCAGAGGUUGAGAAGGAGAAGGAAUUAGUUGUGCGUGGUAAGAAGGUUCGAGGGAAGAAGGGUGUUGCUACCCCUGUUCAAGAAUCGUCGAGCAGAGACGUUGAAGGGUUGAACCCUGAGGGCACUUAUGUGCCUUCUUGGUUGGUUAAGAAUGAUGACACUUUUAAGGAUGCUGCUGUUUGUGAAGAUGCUCUUAGUCAUCUUGCUCCUCCUUCCGUUCGUGAAGCUAUUGCUGAGAUGGAUGAUGACACUAUGUUAUCUCGCAUGGUUUUAACUACUUGCAACCUUGCAGAGGCAGCUUGGAAGAAGGAGAUUGAGGAUUUGAAGAAGAUGCAUGCCAUUGAGAUGGGUGACCUGAAGAAAAGCUUUGAAGCUAAUUUGCUGAAGUUGAAGGCUGAUCGAGAGGCCUUAUCUGUCCAGCAGAAGGCUUUUCGUGAAGAAAAGGAGGGGUUGAAGGCUUCCGUUGGUCAGGUGACUGCGGAUAAUCAAUGGUUGAUCGAGCAUGGGUUCCAGCAGGGAUUGAAGCCUGAAGGGUUGAAUGAGAAGGUUUGUGCUGAGGUUUUGGGCUCUUUGUCGAGGAAGAGGUCUUACUCCGGGGACAGUGAUGAUACCCUUUCCAGUCUGCCUGAAACCUCGAAAGAUGCUGGUUUGGAAACCUCUGCGGUUGGUGGUGAAGAAGGUGUGAAGGCGAAGAAGACAAAGAAAGCUAAGAAGUCUAAGGGUGAAGGUUCCAAGCCCUCUGAUAACUGA